AUGGAUUCUUAUGAUGUUAUAACAAACCAACCUGUCGUUAUAGAUAUAGGUACAGGUAUAUUGAAAGCAGGUUUCGCAGGUGAUCAAGUACCAAAGUACCGAUUUCCAAAUUAUAUUGGCCGUCCAAAACAUGUUAGAGUUAUGGCAGGUGCUCUUGAAGGUGAUGAUUUUAUUGGUCCUAAAGCAGAGGAACAUCGUGGUUUAUUAAGUAUACGAUAUCCUAUUGAACAUGGUAUUAUUCGUGACUGGAAUGAUAUGGAACGUAUUUGGGCUUAUAUAUAUGGCAAAGAUCAAUUGAUGGUCAAUAGUGAAGAACAUCCAGUUUUAUUGACAGAAGCUCCACACAAUCCAAAAAGAAAUAGAGAGAAAAUGGCAGAAAUAUUCUUUGAAACUUUUAGUGUACCUGCGCUUUACAUUUCAAUGCAAGCGGUAUUAAGUUUAUAUUCCACUGGACGAACCACAGGUGUUGUAUUAGAUUCAGGUGAUGGUGUAACUCAUGCUGUACCUAUCUAUGAAGGUUAUGCUCUUCCACAUGCUAUUGAACGUACAGAUUUAGCUGGUCGAGAUGUAACACGUUUUUUACGUUUAUUAUUACGUAAAGAAGGUGCUGACUUUCAUACAACAUCAGAAUUUGAAAUUGUUCGCCAAAUAAAGGAACGUGCAUGUUUUAUUAGUUUAAAUCCAAGUAAAGUUGAAGCAAUGGAAGCAUUAGCUUCAUAUCCAUUACCAGAUGGUUCUACAUUAGAAAUUGGUCCAGCACGUUUUCGUGCACCAGAAUUAUUAUUUCGACCAGAUUUAAUGGGUCAAGAAUAUUUUGGUAUUCAUCAAGUAAAUUUGAUUCAUAAUUAAUUUUUUCUAUUGUUUUAUACUUUUUACACCAUUAAUGGUAGUAUCCGUUUAGUUAACUCUUUAUAAGCAUUUAGUGUUUCUUACCCUUAUGAUUUGUAUGAGUAUUAUUAAUUUAAAACAGUGUAAAUGUGUAAUCAUGUUACGUUCUAAGAAAUGACGAUAUCACCUAAACCGGUGAACGGAAGGAAUGGUCAGCAACACAAUAGGACAAGUUAGACUCUUCCACUGCUCCUCAGUUCUGCUAACUAGAAGGAGAAGAUCAGAUUCAGCCAAGGGAAAUGUAUAUUCCACGGACAGUCGGAAGCACAAACAAACA